AAAGAGCAAAACGUUUUUAAUUAGCCAAUACGAAAUAGCAUCGUUUCGUACCAAUUGUAAACUAACGUGUUACUUUAUAUAAAUGAAAUGCCUAAAUUCGUUGAAAAAAUAAAAUUUAUGAAGCCCUUUAAACGAAAUUGUUAUUAAAAUCAUCGUAUAAAAUCUCGUGUAAAAUCGAUAACAAGAUAUCGGAUAUCCAAUAAUAUGUUUACGAUAUCGGUAGAAAAUAUUUGUCGUAUUUUGUAUUUGUCAAUAAAUAAUAAACUUAUUUGAGGAGCCCUGUGAUCACUAACAAUCGAUGAAAAUAUUUCAAAUGUUUCGAAAAUGGAAAUAUCUUCAGGAUAUCCUGUGCUGUCUACUGGGCUAGUAACAAUCUGAAUAAAUACAACUGUUGUGUGUUACCCCACUAUCAUCUAUUCAACAUGUAUAUUGCUCAAUUUAUUUUCUACUGUCCUUGUUCGUAAUAGGGGCCACACCUGGAAUCAAAACCGAACUUGACGAUGGAGGAGGUACCAGUGAUUCAAGAUUGUCAGAACAAGAAGAAGAAGCGAUCGCCAUGUCCACGGUGCCGUCAUCCUGACAACACCAGGCCAGGAUCCCUAGUGACGGGAAACUCCUGGCCCACUCGUCGAGUACUGCCAUGAAAUUGUCACCAGGUCAUCAUUCUUUGCCACGUAAAAAGACAUCUACAGAAAAAAAUAUGUCAACAUCUCAGAUAUUUCAACGUGGUCAACCAACAAGACGUAGCUGUUUAUCGCCUCAAUAUCAUCAUCAACAUCAUCAUCAACAUCGCCAACAAGAAAGUUCUCUACAUUUCGAAUAUUUUGUACCGAGAAGUGUUAGCGAGUUUAAUUUAGCUGCUACUGUAGUUACCGAUAUCGCGGUAGCACCUUUACCUCCCACAUCAGCUCUACGACCUUCUUCCGUAAUAACACCACCAGCUUCUGGCCUUACAACCAAUACAUCGGUAACAAAUCAAGGACGUCUAUUGGAUGCUUCCAAUACUACAACAAGAAGUCGAGAAAAAAUGGUUACAUUUGAAGAUGAAGGUGUUAAUUGUGCCGGAUCGGCAACUAAUAGAAAAAAUUUAUCUAACAUCGAUAAUACCUUCAUGUGAUGAAUGACAAGAAUGUGGAAAAAAAGAAGAAAGAAAGAAAAAAACAUGAGAUGAUGAACAUUUACUUUAAAUGAGAGUACGAAUUCUUUAUAUCUCUAAGCGUAAAAAGAAAAAAUAAAUAAAUAAAAAUAAGUGGUUUGAUAUAUAUUUGGUUAGAAAAUAUAAACAGAAUUAGCUCGGAAGAAAAAAAAAAAUAAAUAUGAAACAGGAAUUAAUGAAACGAUUUUAAUGAAAAAAAAUGUUCUUUUAUAAUAUAUACCAACAUCAGAAACUCAUUGAUUACAAGUAUAGACUACAACAGACAAAACUUAUGGAGUACUUUAUUUAACAAAUGCUCAGUUAUCAUACAAUAAUCAUGUACUCAGGGUAUUGAUAAUGUAAAAACUUUCGUACACUCUAAUGACUGAAUACACAGUUUUCUAAUCUAACAAAUGGAAAUAUGAAAGUAAGAAAAUACUUUUGCCUCUUGCUAAUUUCCUGAUAUCAAUUAUCUAAUCACAUAGUACAACAAGAAAAGGCUAAUCAGGAUAUAAAAAAUUACAACUACUAAGACUCUGGUUGAUAAAAGGAUGCCUUCUAUAGAGUGAUAUGAAUCGUUUUACUGUAUUCAUUCAAAACUGACAUAAUGAUAAAAUAUAUAAAUCAGAAAUAUUAUCUAUGUCUAUAAUUUAAUGCGCAUGAAAAUCAAGGUAUUCAAAUAUAAAAAUGAUCGAAAUCACGUCACCAAAAAUUUAUGAGCACAAAUUAAGAUUUGUUUUUCAUUUACAAUAUUAAUUUAAAAUUGUUUUAAUUAUAUUCGAAAUCAUGCACCAAUAGAUCUUCUAUUAAUAUUCUUUCUCAAUUUUGUUCAUUUAUAAUUAACUAAAUCUCUGAUAUAAAAUAUUGACUGAAGAAUAAAGCAUAUGUUUAUAGCAUAUCAAAAUCUAUGUUAUUGUGUUUCUCAAAUGAUUACUUUCAUAUAAUAAACAAAAAAUAUUUAUGUAAUAAAGAAACUAUAAAAACAUUAAAGAAAUGAUAAAACUAUGCUUGCACAAAUAAUCCUGUAUAAUUAAUUGUAAAUACUAAUACAUAUGCUGUAUAACAACAACUUCAAUAUAUACAUGUACAGAUUACAAAAUUAUUGAAGUACUACUUUUCAAAUAGAUUAUUGUAAAAUGGUGGCAUUUCCCUUGUAGCUUUUUAAUUCAAUGUGCAAUAAUGCACCUGCUAUUCGUAUGAAUAUGAUUAUUAAAUAAAUAUUUAACAACAAUUUAUUAAAUGUGUCAGUCAACUCUGAAAGUUGCAACCAAUUAACAAAAUGCAUUAAUAUGACAUCUCUUAUGAUGUGAAAUAUCAAAAAUAAUUGGAUAUGUUUUUUCUUGCGUUAAAUGUAAAGAAAAAUAUACGUUCCUCAUUCAAAAUAUAUUUUUUAUAAUCAUUUCAAACUCCUUUACAUGAUCUCUUUGCAAAUUAAUCUCUUAACGUUUAUAUAUAUUACUAUUAAUAUACUU